AUGUAUUUGCAGAAAAAUAAUAAUAUUUUGUUUUAAUCUAAAAAUUAAUUAUCAAAUUGUUUGAUAAAUAUCAAUCAAUUAGUAAUUAUUUUCAUUUAUUUAUUCAAAGUAUUGUUAGUUAGGUUUAAUAUUUUAGAUAAAUUAAUAAUGGAGAAUCAAAAUAAAUAUAUAUAAAUAGAGAGUUCAAAAAAGCAAAAGGAGUUUCCAUUAGAAAAUAAUGGAAAUUUUUAAAAUAUCUUAAAACUACUUACAGAAUAAAGAUCUAAAAUAGAUGAAAUGUUAGUAAAAACAAGAAACUAUCAAGUGAGUCGAUAAAGAAUUUCUAGAACAGGAGGAAAAGAACCUGAGCCAGUAGAAGAUGUCAAUUUUUUGGAAGAUAUUAGUAUGUAUUAAAAUGGGGCUUCAUAGACAGUUGAAGAGUUAAGAAAGAAAAUAGAUACUCUGAAGAAAAGGCACAAAUCAGAAAUGAAUGGGCACAAUAUAGAAAACACUCAAUAAUAAAAUUAAAUAAUAAAGAAAAAAAAUGUUCAAACACCUGCCUACAAGCAUUCCAACUCAAAUUAUAUAUCUCCUUAAAAGGGAAGACCUGGUAAUACGAUUGAAAGUAGUAAAUAAUAGUUAAAUAACUAUCAAAAAGAUCACGAAUAAAAUCAUCCUUUAUCAAGUAAAAAUUAGUAAUCAAACAAUAACAACAGUCUUACAAAAUUUAAUGAAGGCUCUAAUUUAGAGGUAACGGAAAUAAACAAUUUUCAACCUUAUAUAAAAGAAUAAAGAUCAACAAGCAUCCCUGCCUCUUAAAAUCCUAACUAGUAUGCAAAUUAAUAACAUCAAAGCCAAACUCCUGAACAAUUUUCUCUACCUCCUAUUUAACAGAAUUUGAAUCAAUCAGUAGAUAUUCCUAGGAGAAAUCAUAGAAGCUCUUCUAGUUAGUACAAAAAGUAUGGAAGUACUUUUAACAAAGAUGCUCUAAAUAAAAGUGAUUUAGGUAUUUAGCAAUAUACUGAAGAUGAAGACAUAUAUAAUAGCACUGCUCCAAAUGAACAUCACAAUAUUUAUAUUCCCACAAGUAUUUAAAAUACAAGAGGUACAAGAUUAAAUACUUAUUAAAGAAAUGGUCCAUCUGGUAUGAAAAUAGAUAAUUAUGAGUAACGAUAUAAAUAAAAUAUGAAAAGUAAAUAAAUAAGGAAAAUUUACUUGUAAAAUCCUGUUCCUCAUAAUAAAGCUUAAUAUUUUAAUUAUAAUUCUAAUAUUUCACCAGAAAAAAGAGAGUUUAGAGAGACAUUCUUAAAUGAUAUGAAUAAAAAUAUUUUCUAAAACAAUGUAAAUAGUUAAAAUAAGCCCAAAAAGAAAAAGAAAGGCUUAAAUACCUAGAAAAAAGCAUCUAAAAUCUCAAUACUUGAUUAAGAUAUUUUUAACUUACAUAAAAAUAACUAAUCGAUUCCUUCUCUUGAUAUAAACCCAACCGAGUUCACAUAUUUUAAUAAUAAUUCUCAGGUUAUAUUAAACACAAGUUACGAUUAGCAAAUUCCAGGAAAUCUACCUUAGGGAAUAAAUUGCAUGAAUUAUUAUAAUGAUUUUGAAUAACUUAUAAAAAGAUAAAGCAUGGAAACUCUUAGCAUUCUUGAGUAUGUUUUUGAAACUUCUAAAAGCAAAUCUAAACCAGAAUUGUUGGAGAAGCUAUCAGAAUUUAAAUAAAAUUUUACUUUACAUGCUGAAAAAUAGGAUAAAUAAAUAAGAGAAAUAAAAAAGAAAUAUCAUCAUUUUAGAAAGUUUGACUUGCCUAAAGAUUUUGAUUUAGGAAAUUAAACAAUAUGA